CGUCAGAGUUGUCAAAAUUUGUUGGUGGUUCAUCGGCGAUAAUAGCACAGUUUUAAAUUGAUUUACAAUGAUUAUUUCACUAUUUUAGCAGUCCAAACGUCGAAAAUUAUUACAUUUCACCCGUAACGUGGCUCCAAAAUGAUUUAUACGCAAUUUCUUCUGUUUGUAAUAAUUUGCAUUUCGAAAUGUUAUACGUUUUACGUUCCGGGGAUGGCACCGGCCGAUUUCAAACAGGGCGACCCGAUUGAAGUCAAGGCUGUAAAAAUGACGAGUAUCCACACGCAGUUGCCAUAUGAGUAUUACUCUCUUCCGUUUUGUUUGCCGAAAGGGGGUCUAAAUUCUAUACACUACAAAUCUGAAAAUCUGGGGGAGGUACUGAGGGGCGACAGGAUUGUCAACACGCCGUACGACGUAAAAAUGGCGGUGAAUACGCCAUGUACGCUGUUGUGUAACUCCCCUAAAGAUCCGAUUAAUUGGAGUGUGGGGGAGUCCCAGAUUAUAGUCGAUCGAAUUCAACACGAGUAUUUCGUCCACUUAUUGGUGGAUAAUUUGCCGGCGGCUACGCCAGUUUUGAACCCCGAGACGAACGAAAUUCAGUAUGAGCACGGCUAUAGGUUGGGUAAUUCUGUCGGUGAUCGCACUUACAUAAAUAAUCAUCUCAAACUCACUUUGUUGUACCACAACCCUACCCCGGAAAUUUACCGCGUUGUUGGGUUCCACGUAGAGGCCAAAUCGAUAAACAUGGAUGGCGUGAAAUUCAUUGAUAAGACGUGCAUAUUCCCCAAUAAGCCGCGUCCCCAGUUAGUAGACCCCACAUCUGGCACAAAGUUAUUUUUCACAUAUGAGGUCGUGUGGGAGCCUUCGAAAAUUAGUUGGGCGUCACGGUGGGACACAUACCUCGCAAUGAGCGACGUCCAGAUCCACUGGUUCUCGAUCAUAAACUCCAUUGUUGUAAUUUUCUUUCUGUCGGGGAUUCUCACGAUGAUUAUGGUACGGACUUUGCGGCGAGAUAUUGCCAAGUAUAACGCUGACGAGAGUUUCGAUGAGACAAUUGAAGAAACAGGCUGGAAACUAGUCCAUGGAGACGUUUUCCGACCUCCAAAAAACUCGCGAUUAUUUGCUGCAGUCGUUGGGUCUGGAAUUCAGAUUUUCCUGAUGGCUUUGAUCACGCUUUUUUUCGCCAUGUUGGGUAUGCUUUCGCCCGCUUCAAGAGGCGCCUUGACCACAGCGGCCAUUUUUCUCUACAUGUUCAUGGGUCUGGUUGCUGGUUACUUCUCGGCGCGUCUCUACAAGACCAUGAAGGGGCGCGAAUGGAAACGGGCGGCUUUCCUCACUGCUACCCUGUAUCCAGCCAUAGUUGCCACCACUUGCUUUUUCUUGAAUUUUUUUAUUUGGGGCAAAGCCUCUAGCGGGGCUGUCCCAUUUUCAACGAUGAUUUCAUUAUUAACGAUGUGGUGUUUCAUUUCUCUACCGUUGGUAUACUUGGGAUACUAUUUCGGUUACAGGAAACAGCCUUACCAACACCCGGUCCGGACCAAUCAAAUUCCGCGACAAGUGCCGGACCAGCAUUGGUACAUGAACCCGAUUCUGUGCACUUUAAUGGCCGGGAUUUUACCCUUUGGUGCCGUGUUUAUCGAGCUGUUUUUUAUAUUUACGGCAAUUUGGGAGAACCAAUUUUACUACCUGUUUGGAUUUUUGUUUUUGGUGUUUAUCAUAUUAGUUAUUUCGUGCUCUCAAAUCUCCAUAGUUAUGGUCUAUUUCCAAUUAUGCGGCGAGGAUUAUCACUGGUGGUGGCGAAGUUUCAUCGUUUCCGGCGGCUCGGCUUUGCACAUUAUGGGCUACUCAUUGUUUUAUUUUGUAACGAAAUUAGAAAUAACUGAAUUUAUACCGACUUUGUUGUAUUUCGGAUACACUGGACUCAUGGUUUUGACGUUUUGGUUGCUCACUGGAACGAUCGGAUUUUUUGCGGCGUAUGCAUUCGUCCGGAAAAUCUAUUCAGCUGUUAAAAUCGAUUAAGUGAGUGGCUUUAUUGGACUUACCGAAAACGAAUUAUUUUAGUUUGUGUAAUUUUUUCACUUUAGUAGUUGUUACGAAUUGCUGUGGACAAUCAAGGUCACAUUUGUGAAAUAGUUGCUACAUAACAGAAUUGUUACUAAGCAACUAAAUAUAGUGUGAUUUUUUUGUACGUUUAAUGUCGUCAGCAAUUUGAAACAGACUUUACUUACUUAAUUUAGUCAUAAUUUAUUAUUCACACUGGAAAUGAAUAUUUUUAUAGGGCAAUUAGCACCUUGUACAGACGGUAAUUAUUUCCGUUAGUUUUCUUUUGUAAUAACUGUAUAUAAAAAUAAAUAAAAUGAUUUUGUGUA